CAUAUUUAUUAUAUAUUCAUGAAUUUAUUAUAUUCCGUGAACUGGGCUUAGCAGUUCGACGUGAAGCUUUCAAUCUGAAAUAGAAAAUAACAAUAUGCCUAGCACCGUUCGACUUCAAUCAUGUUGAACAAUGACGAACGCUUUGCGGCACUCGGCCAAACGGCUUCCAAAAGCCUCUGUCGUGCUUACCAAUUACUUGGAGCAGUCCAAUGAACCGCCUUGGACGUCUUUUUUCGUUAAAUAUAGUUCCGUUGUUGACGAUCAACGAGGCCGAUCCCACUUCAAUUGGAAGGCCGGUAGUACUAACUACCAUGUCUUGCGUGCCGGUUGUUUUCCCUACAUAAAAUAUCAUUGCACCAAAAGACCUUAUGAAAACUUGGAAUCCGAAGAUAAAUUGUUCAAAAUAUUAAAACUUGUUAACCUAGGUAUUCCAUUGCUUUUGUAUGGUUUAUCUGCUGUUUUUAUGAUUUCAUAUAAAGAAAUAGUGAAGACAAACGAAGGAGAUGUAUAUAUUUAUUUCCUUUUAAAAGAAGAUAAAGGAUCAACUCAUUAAUUAGCCUUCAACGUAUAUAGAUAAUGUUCAUUUUAGAUAAAACUUGACUAAUUGUACAUUAUUAUACAUCAAGAGAAGAGUAGCCAAGAGAAGAGAGUUUACAAAACGAGUUUCUGAGAUGAGAAAGAUGAACUGUUUUGGAAUAUAGUGCGUAUAAAAUAAUAUAAAUAUUCAUAUAAUCAUCGAUUAUAUAUUGUUAGAGAUUUUAAAAUACGGUAUUUUAUUUAUUUUUUGUAUAAUGUGGUAUUAUAUCGUAUAGAACCUUGUAGUACCUUAAAUUAUAAGGCAUUUAAUAAAGGUUAUCACUCCAUUAUUAA